AUGGAUUUUGUCGCGGUCGAGCGAUUUGGUCGGCCAAAUUUUGUUUUGGCGAGAGAUUUCGGCCGAGGCCGAGUUUGUUUCCCGGAUCGACCGGCGGUCGGUCCGUUCCGAUACAAAAUCGGCCGAUCGCGGCCUAUUCUUCCCGGUUCGUGCGUGCGCGCGAACGUUUUGUCGCGCGAUGAAAUCCGGCCGAGCACGGCUAUUCCUUCCCGGCUCGACCGUGACGGUCGGCCCGGUUGGAAAUUGCUCGGCCAAAAUUUCUUUGCGCGUCCGCGGCCAAUGUUUGGCGCGGAUUGUGUUUUCACACCUUUUUCUCCUUCUAUCCUAUCUUAA